AUCUUUCUAGAUCCUCCAAGUCAGCCCGUCUGCCGCCCCUUUAACAACCCUACCCCACCGCACCAUUCAUUAUGCCACAACCACCUCCUCCUCUAUUCUGCCCCAGAUCUCUUCUCCUCCGCCUUCCGCCGCCCUACCUAAAUCAUGUCCACCACCUUAUCCCCAUCCUCCCACGACGACGACCACCACCACCACCACAUCCCCACCGCCACCCUAGCCCUCCCCUCCUCCGCCGCCGCCACCUCCUCCGCCUCCCGCCGCCUCCCGCCGCCGUGCUGGUCCCCCGACGAGACCGUCGCCCUAAUCGACGCCUACAGAGACAAGUGGUACUCCCUCCGCCGCGGCAACCUCCGCGCCAACCACUGGCAGGAGGUCGCCGACGACGUCGCCUCCCGAUGCCCCGCCAGCCCCCCCAAAACCGCCGUCCAGUGCCGCCACAAGAUGGAGAAGCUCCGUAAGCGCUACCGCGCCGAGAUCCAGAGAUCCGCCGCACACGGCGGCGUCCGCCGCUACACCUCCUCCUGGGUCCACUUCCACAUCAUGCACGCCAUGGAGAAGGGGCCCAACCCCACCCCUCCGUCGUCCGACGACGACGAUGAAGAAGAAGAAAACGACCACAGGAACAGCAUCAAACGCAUCAACGAUUUAUACAACCACAAUCAAAAAGGGGGUUUCGCCGCUCCAGACCCGCCCGAGACCAACGGGUCAACAAGCGGGUUCCGGAUCAAGAUCCCGGGUCGGGUCACCUCCGCGGGUGGUGGUGUUCCCACCGUAGCCAAGGUCUAUUCCAAAUUCGACGAGAUGGGUAGUGGCGGUGGCCCAAACCCUAAUUACCCUAACCCUAGAUUUACCAAUUACACCACCGGUGUGAACGGAGCUGCCGCCUCUAGUAAGGUUUCGAGAGAUGGAUUCGUAGGAAAGAGGGCAGCGGCUGAGCCGUCGAGCAAAAACAAGGCUGAUUCCGGGGUGGGUGAACUGGUUUCAGCUAUACAGGGAUUGGGGGAAGGGUUUAUGAGAAUGGAGAAGGUGAAAAUGGAUAUGGUUCGGCAAAUUGAAGAGAUGCGAAUGGAAAUGGAGUUGAAACGAACAGAGAUGAUUCUUGAAUCGGAGCAGAGGAUUGUGGAGGCAUUUGCUAAGUCGAUAUCCGAGAGAAAUACAAAAAGGGCGAAGAGGAAUUCGAAUACACCCGAGUGCUGAAAGUUCGAUUUUUUAAUUUAUGAUAUCUUCAAUUUGGUUUAAGGGAUGAAGGAAUGGGGAUAUUGGAUUGUGUAUCUAUCUAUCUAUCAAUCCCUUGUGUAUUUAAGAGUUGGGAAGGCGGGUUUCGUUUGCUACUCAGGUUACGUUUCGACUCUCUAUAUAUCUAUUUAAUUUGUCAAACUUUUAGAUAUUAGGUAUUUGGAAGUUGAGUUUAGUGCUAUAGCUAUUAUUGUAGCUUUGUUUCUUGAAUUUGUUGUAGCUUCUUGACUUUGCAUUUCGAUCGAAUUAUUCAAAACCUAUGGUCUCGUUGAGUAUAUGUAGAUCAGAGUGUUUUUUUCUUCUCUUCAAUGUUUAAUUUAUACAGAUUACAUUAUUGCAAUUUAUGUUUUUUCUGAUGUUAA